CCGUCCAUUCAUUCGAUAAAUCACUUAUACAUACAUAUGUAUUGGUGUUGUAUAAUAGGGCUGUGUCCCGGGAACCAACCCAAGCACCCGUUCCACCGCAUCCACAGAAACUCCUUUGGACCGCCAGACCAGAGGCAGCGUUGCCUGUUUUGUUCAACGGUUAUACUUCAUUCAACGGACGCACGAACCGUGGAAAAGCGCGAGGGCUAGAUCUAUCCACUAAUCAUCAUCGUCCAACUGUUUCGGUGGUUCGUGAUUGAUCACUUCUGGGGAGUUUGGGUUAGUCUUUUGACCCCCAAAAAAGAGAACACCGCAAAAUCUCCCACCCAAGUCACUCCCCCCGGACCCCAACGGACGUUAGAGAUACAUAGGAGAUCGGGGUUUAUUUUUACUCCUGGGAACCCACGCGCGCGCCUUUAUAAGCUAUCGAGCCCCCCAGUUUUCUACCCUCCGCCAUCACAAACUUCUGUCUUUACUUGUUCUUGUUGUGUUUGGCUGGAGCUUGCGUCGUUGCGCCCUUGGGUGGUUUCUUUUUGGGUUGCUCGCUCCUGGUUACGGACGGCUGUUUCACGGACAUUAGGCUCGCGCUUGCCUUAUAUUUUCUGGUGUAUAUUGCAAAGAAGGCAAGAAAACCGGACGACCGGGAACCCCAAAGACGAAGGAGAAUAUAGACCAGAUUUUACCAGUACACAGAGGCAAUAGUACCAGGUCAAGAGGAGGGAUAGCGACCGCGGUGACACAACGAAAGACUCACCACCGACUGACACACCAUCAACGACAAACGGAGUCAGAUCGUGAACGAACGCCCGGACGUCUGCACCAUCAUUCGAGGAAAACAAUAAUCUAUAUCGCGAAUCGCAACAGUUUCUUCUUUGUCCUUGCGACAAAGGAAGGAAGGAAGGAAGAAACAAACUUAGCCUUCAACACAAACUAUCGGCAUCACCUACAAGCCACAACAAUGUAUCCACCACAAAUAACAAGCGCCCUUCUCCUCUCCCUCGCCCUCUCCUUAUCAGUGCUACUUCCAGCACCUACAUCCCUUGCCCUCGCCGCUGCGGCGCCUACCCCGAACCACUCCCGUUUCCACUCCGCCGCCGCUGCAUUGGACCCGCGCGACGCCAGCCCAGUCGAGGAAAUUGUACCGCUGCAUCCCCCGCCAUAUCUCCCCGACACUCCUGCGGCUAUCGAAGCGCUAGAAUCUCCACAAGAGCCACAGCGAGGACGCGAGGAUGAGAACGCUGAGCUGGUGAACUCGUCCAGCGACAACAACGACAAACUCGUCGGAAACACUGAAGCACAACACACAGACGCCGAAGACGAAAUCAAGAAGAAGGAGAAGGAGAAGGAGAAUGAAGAGCUGAAGAAGCGGAAACCCAAGAAGUCGCUGUACACUUGGCCACUGCUCAAAACAGAUGUUCUGGAUUGCUGUCCAAAGUAUGCGUAUAACUGCGCGGAUCGGAAACCUUUAUGCCACGAUGGACAAAAAGCAGAUGUCGACUGA